AUGUUAUAUUACACCCCCAAAGAUGAUCAAAAAACAUCGAAAAGGUUUGGUUCAAAGGGACAAAGUCAACCUGAAUAUUCAUCGAUCAAAAAUGAGCGAUCACCAUUGUAUUUAGUUCAUAAACGUUUAGGGUUUAAAAAUCCGGCUAUAUCACCGUGUGACCAAUUGAAUCCAGCUAGAACACUAUUAAUUACCAUUCUAUCGCGUUCAUCAAACGCUCAUAUUCGUGAAGCCAUUCGUCAAACGUGGGGGGCAUUGCGAACAUAUAAUAGUAUUGAAGUACGACUUAUGUUUCUUGUUGGUGUUGAUGAUGCAAUGUUAAAACAAAUUGAAAUUGAGCAAUCAAUAUAUCAUGAUGUUGUACAAGUAACAUUACCCGAAAAUUAUCCAAUUGUUUCAUACAAAGAGCUAGCUUCACUUUGUUGGUCCAUAAAACAUUGUCCAACAGUUAAUUAUAUUUUUAAAGCCGAUGAAGAUAUUCAUUUAAAUACACCAUUACUAGCGAAAAUCGUCGAGAAAUUAUUUCAAAAUUCGUCGUUACCUAGUAUACCAAUGAUGUUCGGUUGGUUUCGAUAUAAAAGUAGAGUAGAUCGUACCGGUCGAUAUAUUGUUACCGAAGAGGAAUAUGGUGAGUUUUAUUACCCGUUUUAUACGUUUGGAAUCGGUUAUUUAAUGACGAGGGCUGGUCGAGAUGAACUAUGUGCAGCUGCUAACACGCCACAUCCUGUGACGCGUGUUGGCGAUGCUUAUAUUACUGGUAUAUUAAGACAUCAUGCUCAAGUGGGCUAUGAUCGCUUAGGCGAUGUUCACUACAUCUAUUCGUAUGCGUUAAAUGGUGAAAAAUGUAAAAGUUAUUUUAUUCACGAUGAAAAGCUGUUAAUUUGUAUGGCGAGUUUACACUCGGGCACGAACGAUGCUGCAGAUGAAUAUGUUCAUACGUGGAAUGUGCUAUAUAAAGACAAAGAACAAGAAUGA